AUGGCCUGCUUACUGGUGGGGGCUCUCCUUUUGGUAGCCCAAACAGAUAGGGUGCAUUCAAGCAGUUCUCAGCAGAGCGAAGGAACACUGCUUCAGUCAUUGAGAUACCGCAGUGGAUCAGAAAGCAAUGAAACAGAACAUAACUCACCACAGUCACAGUCUUCCAUUACCAGCCAAAUGAUUCCACAGAGCAUCAUUAUUGGUGUGCGAAAGGGAGGGACAAGGGCUCUGUUGGAGAUGUUGGACAUUCACCCUGAUAUUGUGGUCGCUGCCACUGAAGUCCACUUCUUUGACUGGGAUGAGAAUUACGUUAAAGGCUUAGAAUGGUAUAGGAAGCUGAUGCCCUUCUCUUAUCCACACCAGACCACUAUUGAGAAAACUCCAGGCUAUUUCACUUCUAUAAAGGCUCCAGAAAGGAUCCAUGAUAUGAACAGUUCUACCAAGUUACUGUUAAUUCUGAGAGACCCUACGGAGAGAGUGAUAUCAGACUACACCCAGGUAUACUACAAUCGACUGGAAAACCACAAACCUGUCCAACCUAUUGAAGAAAUGGUCAUCAAAAAUGGAGUAUUAAAUACUAAGUACAAAGCCAUUCAGAGAAGCCUGUAUGACAUUCAUAUGAGUAACUGGCUAAGAUACUUUCCACUGAACCAAAUACAUAUAGUUGAUGGUGGUACUCUUAUCAGAAACCCUCUGGAAGAAUUGCAGAAAGUGGAAACUUUUCUUAACAUUCCUGCUAGGAUAAUGACCUCAAAUUUCUACUUCAAUCAAACCAAGGGUUUCUAUUGUCUUCGAAGUGAUGGCAAAGAAAGAUGUUUACAUGAAUCUAAGGGCCGUCCUCAUCCAGUUGUGAAUAGUACUGUACUGAAGGAGCUACACACUUACUUCAGAGAACACAAUGAACGAUUUUUCAGCAUGGUCAAACAGACCUUUGACUGGCAUUAA